CCUAACCCACCCUCUCUUACAAGCAUCCACAGUCAGGGCCAAAUAAUCAUCCCCUUCCCCCAGCCCCAGGCCCCGCUCCGGCACAAGCAAGAACGCCAUUACCGCAGACACAGAAGAGGAGAGGAGGAAUCAUCUCCCCUCGCCUCCCCCAUCCCCUCCAGAUCCUCGGAAACCUAAUCUUUAUUCCGGAAAGAUCCUCCUUUUCUUGGUUCCCAACUUCCUACAGGGGAGGACCGGCCAUGGCGGAGGAGGAGAGACGGCGGUUCUCGAGUCUACGCAGCGUCCGGUGGCGGGUCGAUCUCGGCAUCCUGCCGGCGUCGCCGGAGGCGUCCGUCGAGGAGGUCCGCCGCGCCGCCGCCGAUUCGCGCCGGAGGUAUGUUAGCUUGAGGCGCCGCCUUCUGGUAGACCCUCAUCUUCCAAAGGAGGAGGCCAGAUCAUCUAACCUCGUCGUGGACAACCCGCUCUCCCAGAACCCAGAUAGUAGCUGGGGCCGGUUUUUCAGAGGGGCGGAGUUGGAGAAGACUGUGGACCAAGAUUUAUCUCGAUUAUACCCUGAAGAUGGGAGUUACUUCCAAACGCCGGCUUGCCAGGCCAUGCUUCGCAGGAUACUGUUGAUGUGGUGUCUUCAGCACCCAGAGUAUGGAUACCGCCAAGGAAUGCAUGAGCUAUUGGCUCCUCUAGUGUAUGUUCUUCAGGUCGACGUUGAUAAACUUUCUCAGGUACGGAAACUCCACGAAGACUGCUUUAACGACGAUUUUGAUGGAGUGCCGUUCCCAGAUACAGAUAUGGUUUUCAGUUAUAAACCUAGAAAGGACCCAAAGUGGAAUUCAGGAGCUGAUAAUGAGAACGAUUCUGAAAGUGCUUCCAAAGUUAAUACUCUUGAUGAGCUUGACCUAGAUACCAAAGAAAUAAUUUUACUCAGUGAUCCGUAUGGAGCUGAAGGUGAACUAGGCAUUGUGUUAUCUGAAAGAUUCAUGGAACAUGAUGCAUAUGCUAUGAUUGAUGGUUUGAUGGACGGAGGUGGUGGAGUCGUUCGCAUGGCUGAAUUUUUCUCUCCAUCCAGUGUUGGAUCUAGCUCAAGUCUACCACCUGCUAUUGAAGCCUCAUCAGCGUUAUAUCAUUUGCUUUCCGUUGUUGAGCCAUCUCUUCAUAGCCAUUUCAUUGAGCUAAAAGUGGAACCACAGUGGUUCGCACUUCGGUGGCUGCGGGUCUUGUUUGGAAGAGAAUUCUGCCUCAAUGAUCUUUUAGUAGUAUGGGACAAAGUCUUCGCUUGUUGCAACAAUAUGCUUCUAAGUAGUGACCAGGAAUAUAGUUUCCGGAUCUUGUGUUCAGCUAGAGGGGCAUUCAUUGCAGCCAUGGCAGUCUCUAUGCUACUUCAUGUCAGAUCAUCUCUGUUGGCUACUGAGGUUGACGUCUCUUGUCUCCAGAGAUUAUUGAAUUAUCCGACGAAUGUUGAUGUGCAGAAGCUAAUUGAGAAGGCCAAAUCCCUACAGUCUAUUGCUAUUGACGCGAACGCGUCAUCCCCAUCUUUCCUAUUAAGGAGGGAUAUCUGCGAGUAUGAUAGAGUUAACAGUAAUCUCGCUAUUUCAACUCCUCCGAGAACUCAAGUUCAGCCUUUAACCGAGAGUUAUUGGGAAGAGAAGUGGAGAAAUGUGCACCAUGAUGGAACAACUCCUAAGGAGAUUGAGAAGGGCCAUUCUUUCAGCAGAGAAAUAAAGAAAUCUUUGAGACAGAAGCUUGGUUUGUCUCGGACAGAGUCGGAUCCUUCUCCAGUGAAGGCAGUCGGUGUGAAAAGUGAUGCUCGAAAUUCAGUAAGACGGUGCCUUCUGAAUACUUUGUCAGAUAGUGUGGGGAGUUCUAGUGAAGUUGCUGGAAAAAUGGAACAAGAUGAAUUCCCUGUUGUCUCAAUUCACAAAGAGAUUCCAGUCAGUUCUGCAGAGACCUUGCAAUUAAAAGCCACUGGUGAAACUGUAACUGUAAGCCCACCAUGUCUGGCAAAAGUCAGUCCUCUAGAAAAUUCACAGACUGUGCCAGCUGACGACAAUGCAACACAAAGAAUACAACGUGCAACAGAAGCUUGUUCGAGCGGUGAGACCUCUCCAGUGUUCUAUGCAGCCAUUGCCACCAAUGAAAUUGAGAAUGGUCAAGACAACGAUUCUUCGAGGAGUAGUGUCACUUCAGAUUCUUGUGAUGGUGACAAUGACAGGGAUGAAACCUUGAAAGACGAGUCAUCCAGCUGUAACUGUGAUGGCAAAACUGUUCGAGAUUCAGGAGCAACAGCUUCUGAUAAAACUGCAGAUCCAGAUGGGUCCUCUGAGAGAAGUGCAGUCUCUAAUGAAAGGAAGCCAUUUAUUAGUAAAUUUCAGUGGCUGUUGAAGCUAGGCAGACCUUCAGGUGAAGGCAACAUAGAGAAGGGUAGCGGUGAGACAUUAGAUGGUAGAGAUGGUGUUGGUUCUUUUAGCUCUUUGCCUUCUGAUGGGAACUCAAAUAGCUCAAACGGCAGCACAAAGUUGGCUACUGGUGAUAAGAAGGUCACGGGCACAUUUAAGAAUCUCGGGCAAAGCAUGCUUGAGAAUAUUCAGGUGAUCGAGUCAGCAUUUCAGCAAGAUCGCGGACAGCCUGGCCCCAUGGAGAACUUCUCAAACAACAUCCUCGGCGGCAAAGGGCAGGCCACAGCAAUGUCAGCUCUGACCGAGCUCCGCAAGAUCAGCAACUUGCUCAGCGAGAUGUAGGAAUGUAGCCAUGUAAGGUGUACUGGCAAGCCGCCCGUUCUUGCUCAUCCCCCUCUAGCUCAGCAGUCAAUGGCCUGGCAGUAACAGGUCAAGUGCCUACCUAGUCCAGUGCUUUUGCACUGCUCCAUAUGUAUAUAUAGGUUCCAUUCGAUUAUUCCAUUUGAGUCCAGUAUGUAACUGAUUAAGCAUUGCACCAGAGGAACUCCUGUUGUCGAUCUAGCUGGCUCGCAACGACGAGGGGGUAGCUCUUGUCGGCUUAGGAAGCUGUUUUUUUGGUGGAAGAAUUUUGCAAGAUUAAUUGUUCAACAAAUAAUAAAUGGAAUAAUAAAGUCCCGUUGUUACAGUACA